UGAUAACGAGAGCCGUGCUACAUUGGCCGGUCUCAGUGUUACGCAAAGACCAAACAUACUGAAUUAACAGAAGCUGAAAUGGAUCACUUGAACGACAGUCCCGAACCAACAUCUUCACGUCAACACUGUUUGCAGGUUUUGAGCACUUUCAUCCCCAGAAAUGCCAAGGAAGAGUUUUACCAACUGACGCAGUUGGCUGUGCCAAUGUUUGCUUCUCAGUUGAUGAUCUUUCUCAUAAGUUUCAUCAGCACAGUGUUUUGUGGACAUCUUGGAAAAACAGAACUAGAUGCAGUGGCACUCUCCAUUACAGUAAUAAAUGUGACGGGUAUUUCAAUAGGAAGUGGCUUAGCUUCAGUGUGUGACACAUUGAUUUCUCAAACAUAUGGCAGUGGAAAUCUUAAAAGAGUUGGGAUCAUCCUCCAGCGAGGGAUUCUCAUUUUACUGCUCUCUUGCUUCCCCUGCUGGGCCUUUCUAAUAAACACUGAGUCUCUUCUGCGCCUUGCUCAACAAAACCCAGAAGUGAUUAGGCUUACCCAGAUGUAUGUGAAGAUUUUCAUGCCAUCUCUUCCAGCAGUUUUCCUUUACCAGUUGCAAGGAAGGUAUCUACAGAAUCAGGGCAUUAUUUGGCCUCAAGUUAUUACUGGUGCAGCAGGAAAUAUUGUUAAUGCUUUAAUAAAUUACAUCUUUCUCUUUGUGCUGAAUUUGGGCGUUGCGGGUUCUGCUUGGGCCAACACCAUUUCACAAUUCUCUCUUGCUGUUUUUCUCUACUCUUACAUCAGAUGGAAGAAAUUACACGUAGAGACUUGGUCAGGUUGGUCUCAGGAAUGCCUACAGGAAUGGGGGAGCUUCAUACGUUUAGCCAUUCCCAGUAUGCUGAUGCUGUGUAUCGAGUGGUGGACAUUUGAGAUUGGCAGCUUUCUUUCAGGUUUGAUUAGCAAAGUUGCACUUGGGAGUCAGUCCAUACUCUACGAAUUGUCCACUAUCGCCUUCAUGUUCCCACUUGGCUAUGGGGUUGCAGUGAAUGUGCGAGUUGGCAAUGCUCUGGGGGCAGGAAACACUGAGCAGGCUAAGAAAUCAUGCAAAGUUGCUAUGAUGUGCACAGGCAAGUACAAAAAGGGUAUAUCCAACAAGCACUGAAUCAUUUGCUGGUGAUUGGUUGGAAAAUUAGUUCUAAGAUGGACUUGAAAGCUAACUAUCCUUCAGUAGUGAUAAGCAAAAUGAUUUCACAGCAAAUAUUUGAGUUUCGCUUUGCAAAAAAAUAAAAAAGAGUGAAGUAAAUGCGGUUUCAUGACCAUUGAAUUUUAUUUCUGUAGCACCUACAUUUCAUUUCAUCUGUAGGCUUUCUCUCCAUGUGCAAAAGAAUGGGGACUGGUACAGAGCCUAGAAAGAGUGGGAUGGCACUUAUCUGCAAGCACUUCAAAGUUGCUUCUAUAAUCAACUAGCCUGGAUAUGUGGCUGUCACUGAGUUUCCCAAAUGAUCCUGGAUUGGUUCAUCUUACUAAAUUGGGGAAAGUAAGCACAUAUAGUGUUGCCCCUAACUCCAAAUGAGCACUGCUAGUAGGAACCUACAGCACGAAUAAUCAG